CGACCUCGCUUGGCAUAUCCCUUCUGCAUUUUUUUCAAUACAGUACUCAGAAGGGCCAGAGAUUUCUAGCGCACGAGGCAUCUCGGAAAAACCUCGCUGAACAUAGCGUUGCGGCUUAGACGGCUUCGUGCAACGCACAAUGUCGGAUAUGGCCUCGAGCAGCGAAAGAUCAGACGACGACAGACUUGCAUCGAUAUCCGAAGAAGGCACAAAGAAAGUUUCGGAAACAAUGAACCAUUCUACAUCAUCUGCAGGGCCGGCAGCUCAAAAUGACCACAAAGAUCAGCCGGAAGUAGCACGCGAUGAAGGUGCUAUUGCUGAAAUAGAGCGGUUCCGGAGAAUGGAAGCAUGUCUAUACAAACAUCGGAAGGAAUGGGAAGUGAACAUCGGCCCAGGGAAAUGGCAGGUGGACAGCUUUUUCGUUCAAGAUCCGAAAGAGAGAGGUCAUUGGUUUGAUUCUCCAGAGGGGCAGAGUUGGCUCACAGCUGACAAACAAGUCAGAGGGGAACGGAAAUACAAUAGACCGGAUAUCUUUGACCCAGCAUUCGUUGGAGACACGAAUGAUGCAUGGGAUUUCUCUAAGAGCAGUAUCGGAAAAGAUGUUUACGACACCACAAUCGACUGGGGCCACCGGCGUGACAGGCUGCGAAAAACUUUCGAAUGGGAACUGGAUCGCAUGUUUCUAAGAGAAGAGCUUCAAUUGAAAAGGCUGGAGCAACAGAAGGCGGAGGAGGGCAAGAAGCGACGAGAACGGCGUAUGGCUGAAAACGAUACUAAAUCUGGUGAAGAAGGACAAGGCGACACAGCGCUCCCAAGCGAUUCAACUUCUAUAGAAGCUGGCGUCGCCUGGUCGGAGUGGUUUGCAUUCAAGAAGACAGGGCCAUCGGAUAGUAAAGCCAUGAAUGUUAUCGAUGUGCUCAUCGGCGAGCCUAUCGUUGACACCAAAAUCGACGCGAACCGAUUCUGGUUCCGUAGCUCAAGCCAUCGAGUAGCGAAAAGCCAUGAUCCCUCUACGAGUCAAAAGACUACAGAUGCCAUGGAUGCUGCAACAUCGCCACUCCCAGAACGAAUUCGAAUCAAUUCCGAUACUCUGCUUCAGAUUUUUGCUGAGCUACUCGGCCCCGUUGCACAAAACGUACUUGAGCUAGAGGAAAUGAACAUUGUCUUCACUAGACCCUUUAAAGCGCUAGCUUGGCGUGAGCAGGAUCUACGAGAUUGGUGUCUUCAUCUUGAAAAGAAAUUCGAGGAUCUUCAGUCUGGGAGCAAGGCAUUCGCUGCACUUCAGAAAUCGAGCACCAGCGUGAACAAUCAUGCUGAUGCUGCGAAGGGCGAUGCGCAGGAGAUUACAGAUGGUGUGGAAAAGGCGACGCUACAAGACUCUACCAAAUCUCAAGUAGAUUCCACCGAGACAAUUGAGCAGCAGGGAGAGAGACAAGUACACACCAAUAAUGCUCCAGACGGUCAAGCUUCAGAUGCUGACAACGAAAGCGGAAACGAAAAGCAUGAAUACGAAGAUUUCGAAGAUAGCGACAAAAGUCUGACCAAGUCUCCAACGGCCCUCAAGCACUUGAAAUACCUUCUACAAUUUCUAGAUGCUACCUUGGUAGCUAAGCGAAACUACUUCAACAGCCCCCAAUGUCGAAAGGUGUUCUUUUCCGACCUUUGGCAUCUUUUCCGACCAGGCACUGAAGUGAUAGGGAGCGACGGAAAGCAGGCAUAUAGGGUCAUUGGAGUUCAAAGUGCGAGGCACCGGAUUGCUCCACCCUGGGAGCGAUGGUAUAAGCCAAUUGGACGGGGAGAAAAGAAGCUAGAAUUUCGCAUCACAUGUGUUUACAUCGAUUUCGACGGGGCUAACAUCGGACCUGUGACGAAGGUAUUUGAUAUUAGCAUGUUUGACGGUCAAAGGGAGAUCACAUCCUUGGAAGUCUACCCCAUAAGAUUCCAUUCGGUGAGGCAGUCCGAGUAUAACGAAACGGAAUGGCACGAGAUGGAGAACUACCCUGUCUCAGAAAGAUACCGCAAGAGACUCAUUGGUCGUGGGGCUCGAUUUCUGAACGUUGUUCGAGGUAAGCAUAUGUAUUAUGCUGGCUCAACAUUGGACGCGAGAGAAGAGGUAGAGUCUCCUGUGGUCAUUGACUUUGAAACGGCUAUAACGACGCGAGAUGCACAACUUAAACCUCCACAACCAGCCAAUCUUCGAGGAUACCCACCACCGGACGAAGAACAAGAGGUGCUGCCAGCGGACCUACCAUGGAAGCCAAAGCUGAGCUCACUGAUCAGCAUACCGGAACUAGAUGCUCCAGGGUACGUAGAAUGCAGCGGCGAAUGCUGUCGGGAUGAAAAUGUCCACGACGACCAAUACGUGGAUCGCAAGCAGAAACAAGAAUACCUCGAGAGUCUUCUCCCGAGUAAGGAAGCUGUGGAUGAACAACCUCCGAUUACUGUAAUGCCACGGCCGCUAAAAGAUUUGAGGCUCGGGCCUGAGGGCAACUUUGCAUGUUCGGAUGAUGAGUUGGUGAUUAUGUCGUAUCGUGUUUUUGGCUUCGUUCUUCGGAGUCGCAAGUUUGCCAAACUCGAUUUGACGCAUCUGACCGAAAUUCAUGACGAAGAGUCGAUUGCUAAUUCGAACUCUACAAGCAAAGGUGGAAGAGGACAAAAUCCGACACCCACUAAGGGCGCAUUCGACCGUUUGGUACUAGAAGAGGGCCAUUCUUCUAUGAUUGUAUCGCUCAUUGCACAGCAUUUUCGGGACAAAAAGUCGACCACUGGGAAGCGAGAAGAGUUCGAUAUCGUGAGAGGCAAAGGCAAAGGAUUGAUCAUCCUUUUGCACGGCGCUCCUGGGGUGGGAAAGACUUCCACAGCUGAAGGCAUAGCUGAAAAGUUCAAGAAGCCGCUGUUUCAAAUUACAUGUGGCGACCUGGGAACAACUGCAUCCGAAGUAGAACUCGCUUUGGAAAAGAACUUUACGUUGGCAAAUAAGUGGGACUGUAUCCUUCUCCUUGAUGAGGCAGAUGUCUUUCUUACCGAGCGAUCGAAAGAGGACUUCAAAAGAAACGGACUCGUGGCAGUCUUCUUACGCCUCAUGGAAUACUAUUCCGGCAUACUUUUCCUCACGACAAACCGUGUCGGUGAUUUUGACGAGGCUUUCACUUCACGCAUUCACGUCAGCCUCUACUAUCCCGCAUUGAAUGAGGAGAAGACUGGACAAGUCUUCGAAAUUAACAUGGACAUGAUAGAAGAACGUUUCAGGACGAAGGGCCGUGCCAUCGAUAUCGAUAGGAUGAAGAUAGCUUUUUUCGCAAUGCGCUACUUUAACGAUCACCCUGAUGCCCGCUGGAAUGGCCGCCAGAUCCGCAACGCCUGUCAAACUGCGCUAGCACUAGCGGAGUUCGAGGCUCAAGGUGAUAGCAUCGAAGAUACGGAAGACCGAAACCUCGUAGUGAAGUUGAAUGUCAAGCACUUUGAGAUUGUGAGGGAUGCCUAUCUGGAGUUUGCCAGAUACAUGAAGGCUUUAUUUGGCACAUCUGCUGCAAGGAAGGCGAAAGAGUCAAAGCUGCGGGCUAUUCUGGUCGACGAGAACAACAACAUUGUCUCAACGCAGAACCUGGGCGACAAGAGAAUGGAUAAGGCAGCCUUCACGCACGCCUCUCAGAAUCAUUCGAGUCGUCCGAUGGGUCAUUCGCCGCAGCAAAGCUUCCAACAAUCGCCGGACCAGCAGUAUGCGCGAUAUCAACAACAACAAAGUUCGACGUUUGGUGCCCCACAGCCUCAGUAUCAAUCGUCCCAGCAUCCAGCCUCGCAGUAUACGCCUCAGUAUCCGGCGCAACACCAAAAUCCUUCCAGCCAAGAGUGGUAUGCUCAGCAGUCAAGGAACUCCAGUGCCUAUGUUCCUGAACCGCAGCAAGGAGGACAAUUCCAGAGCUCCGUUCCGCACACGCAACAAACCUCACCAUCUCCGAACCGCCAACAACAAGCUCAACUUAACCCGCCUUGGCUCGGUGAGGAAAUUCGAAACAUGCAUGCAGCAUCUGGACAGCUGGGCGAUGAGCAGUCUUCGGCUGGCGCAAGCCGGUUCCAGAGGACGUGACUAAGGAGUCUGAGGCGGGGUUAUUCACAGUUUCUCUCAUUCAGUUUUCUGUUUGGAAUGUGCAUGGACACUUAGAUAUGGGUACAUGUAAGGCUCCAGCGUCGACCUUCCUUGAUACUAGCUUGGGUGCAGCUCAUGAUCCAAGGAUGCUGGCAAACAAGGCAUGUGCAGCAAUGGAGUGUCUCUUCCCUCUUGCAAUUUCUGAAUUUAUGUCUGUCUGACAGAUGCAGUUAGCUGGGAACAGUAACAGUCUGUCAGCAAUAAUUUUGUCUCGUAGACCUACCUGUCCUUACCUGCACUACUUCCCUGUAAUUUCAAUAUCCAAUCAGAU